AUGGCCAAGAUCGCGAAGACCGGCCCGCCGGGUGCGGUGGCCAGCUUGACCGCCGGCAAGGACGCGCAUUCCGCGUCGCUCGUUGCCGACCGUCGCCACAACAACACGGCGAAAACAAGCGGAGAGAAACAUGCGCAACCUGCGACCUCCACAACGCUGCCGUCCAAUCGUAGUGGCGCCCGCCAUCCGGUGUUCCGGUUCCCGCGCUGGCUGCCAAUCAGCCCGACGCGUGACGGGCAGAGCGUGUGGCUGACGAACAAGGGCGCGGUCACGGGCGCGGGCACUGCUGAGGGUUGCAGACCGCUCACUGGCCGACUCGGUGUCCAGGGCCCCCGCGCGCGGUGGUGUCCACCGCGGGCCCAAGCCCCGGGCAAGACACCCUUGCCAACCCCUCCUCUUCCCCACAGUCGCAGCUCGCCCGUGGGCCAAAGAGAAUGA